AUGUUAUUACGAGCGUAUGCAUUUGAAGACAUUGUGAUCGGUACGUGUAGGUGUCCUGAGGUUGCUGGAAAUUCAACUCCAUUGGAGAAGCAUCAACAAUGGUUAAAAGACGAUGCAAAAGCGGCAAGUUUGUUAGCAGGUACGCUAGGAAAAACUGUUGCCGAGCUGGUGUUGACAUGUACUCAUGCUAGUGAAAUAUGGGACAAAUUACGUGCGCGAUUUGAACGUAGCAGUACGCAACGGUUAAACAUGUUAAUUGAAGCCUUUUUUAGAGUCCAACGUGAUGAAAAAGAAGAUAUUAGCACACAUGUUGCGAAGUUGCAGAAACUGUUUGUAGAUUUGAAUGAUGAAUUGCAGAAGCAUGAUGAAAAUGUUUUAUCCGAAAGAAUGUUAAAUGAUAAAGCCGAAUCAGUGAACCAGAAUCAGUCGGAAUGUUUUAGUGUAAAUGAAAACUCCGAAGAAGUGAAAAAUGAUGUCAAUGAAAUUGUGAAAUCUAAGAAUAUGGAAAGUGCAGAAAGUACGACUGAAAAUCAAGAAGUAAAUAGAGAAGAUAGAAGCGAUGAUGGUGUUCAAGAAUCUAAGCGUUACAAUAUGCGUAUUAGAAAGAAACCAAAAUAG